GCAGCACAGCUAGUUGCAUCAGUAGCUAUGUCUAGUUCAGUUAUUCCUAAAAGUCAGUGUGUUGUAGUUGUCAGCUAGAAGAAAUGUAGUUGCGUAUGUGCCCGACACUUUAAAGUAAUUUGAAAGCAACAUGUUUAUCACGCAUUCAGGUUAAUGAAUACAAAUGUUAAUAUAGAUAACCGUCAACGAGCUAGGAGGAUAAUGGCUAGCUUAAUGCUAGCCGCCGCUAAUAGCCGUAUCGAUGAACGACUGUGUCUGUCUUGUUUACCUUAGAAUAUGCUUUCAAGGCUAUUAACCAGGGUGGUCUGACGUCGGUGGCGGUCCGAGGGAAAGAUUGUGCAGUGGUGGUCACACAGAAGAAAGUACCGGACAAGCUGCUGGAUUCCGGCACUGUUACUCACCUCUUUAGAAUCACGGAGAGCAUUGGCUGUGUUAUGUCAGGGAUGACAGCUGACAGCAGAUCUCAAGUCCAGAGAGCAAGAUAUGAGGCGGCUAACUGGAUGUACAAGUAUGGUUAUGAGAUUCCAGUGGACAUGCUCUGCAAGAGGCUUGCCGACAUCUCUCAGGUUUAUACACAGAAUGCUGAAAUGAGGCCACUGGGCUGUUGCAUGAUUGUGAUUGGCGUAGACGAAGAAUUGGGUCCGCAGGUAUACAAAUGUGACCCAGCCGGCUACUACUGUGGGUUCAAGGCCACAGCAGCAGGGGUCAAGCAAACAGAGGCCACCAGCUUCCUGGAGAAGAAAGUGAAGAAAAAACUAGACUGGACCUUUGGACAAACUGUGGAGACGGCAGUCACCUGUUUGUCAACAGUGCUUUCAAUUGAUUUCAAGCCCUCUGAGUUGGAAGUAGGAGUUGUCACCACUGAAGACCCAAAGUUCAGAAUUCUGACCGAGUCGGAGGUAGAUACCCACUUGGUUUCCUUGGCAGAGAGGGACUGAAGAGAAGGAGUUGUCUAGUGGGAGACCUGUCGGACCCAGUUACAGAGUGGUGCAAGCCUUGUUUGAUGUAUAUUUACCCCGUUCCAUUAAAGACAUUUUUGAGAAAAAAA